CCUCUCCCGAGAGGCUGGAGCUGCUGGUUUCCUCCCGCAGCCGUGGAUCCCCCCAGCCACAGCACACCCCCGGCGGGACCGGGCGCCCGCCUGCACAAGAGGAUGGGUGAGGCAGUAGCGCGGGUGGCCAGAAAGGUGAACGACACGGUGGAGAACAAAACGGAUUCCCUGGAUCUGGCUAACUGCAAGCUGAUGACCUUCCCCAUCGGCAUCUACAAAGCCAUGAGGAGCGUCACUGAGGGGAUUCACUGCAUCUCCCUGGCAAACAACGAGCUGAAGUCCCUCACCAGCCGAUUCGUCACCACCUUCAACCAGCUGAGAGAGCUCAACCUGGCAGGCAACUACCUACACCGCCUGCCUGAGGAAAUCACCUCCCUACUGCACCUCCGGGCCAUCAACCUCUCCCGUAACAGGUUUCGGCAUUUCCCAGAGCACCUGGCCUCGGUCACCACCCUGGAGACCAUUGACCUGGAAGAGAAUGAGAUCACAGAGGUGCCAGUGGAGAAGCUGGCCUCCAUGGCAUCACUGCGGAGCCUCAACCUGCGGGCAAACCCUGUCAACCCUGAGGUGCGGCUGCUGGUCCGGCCCCUCGUCCCCUUCGACCUGCUGCUGUCACCAGAGGAGCCUGUCCCCAAAGCCUGAGAAGGUCUCGGGGUGCCUGGGCAAGCUCUCACAAUGGGCAACUGCCUGCAAGAGUGGUUUGAUUUAGGUCGGUCCCUGCUAUGCCGCUAUUUCUGCACGUCUGAAAUGUGCAGUGAGGCAGCCAGUCCCUCUUUUUUUCCUUAAUAAAAAGCAAGCAGCAGGGCUCCUCCAAAGGGAUGGCUUUGUCAGCUUCUGAGCCAAGGAAUCUCCCACUGUGUGUUUUGGGGAGGCAGGGGAGCCACAAUGAAUGUGGUGCGAGGUUUGGGUAAAACUGAGGGUUGGAUGUUUGGCUACAUCCCUCCCACCUGGCUGGUGAUGGGGAGCAGCUGGGGCUGGGACAGUGGCUGUAAGGGUUCCUGCUGGAGUUGCUGACAUGGCAGUGUGCCAA